AUGCUAGCUACCCCUAUUUCCAUGGUACUCUAUCACGAGAUCGCUCCGCAUAACAAAAAGCGCGAAAAGAUCCCAGAAGGAACACUCUGUGUGGUCUGCGCCGAUCUGGCAAGCGGAAUUCACUACUCUGUACCAAGUUGCAACGGCUGCAAAACCUUCUUUCGCCGUGCGCUUGUGAACAAGCAGACUUUCACAUGCCAGUUUUCGGGCGACUGUGUGGUCGGCAAAUCCGUCCGAUGCGUAUGCCGCAGCUGUCGUUUAAAGAAGUGUUUCGACAUGGGUAUGGAUCCGAAA